UACAAGACUGGGAUUCGUGCAUUUUAUCUCCCAUAACUUCGAAAUUACGAUGCCAGAUGAACUCAUUGACAGGCUACGCGGAAUCAACCACUUCGUCUCGCUUCCCCAGAUCAUCGUGUGUGGUGACCAGUCAUCGGGCAAGAGCUCAGUGCUCGAAGCGAUCUCCGGGGUAUCCUUUCCCGUCAAGAGCAAUCUUUGCACACGCUUUCCCACAGAGCUUGUCCUGCGCCGGGCACCCCAAGUUGACGUCAGCGCCUCCAUCGUUCCUCAUCACUCUCGAAGCAGCCCAGAGAAGGAAGGUCUUGCUGGCUUCCACAGGGAUCUCAAGGAUACCGAUGGGUUCGGAUCGCUGAUCGAGGACGCCAAAGACGCCAUGGGCCUAUCGACACACGGCAAGGCCUUCUCCAAAGACCUCCUUCGCGUUGAGAUCUCAGGUCCCGAUCGUCCUCACCUUACCAUCGUGGACCUCCCUGGCCUCAUCCACUCGCAGACAAAACAUCAGACAGCUUCCGAUGUCGACUUGAUUCAAGACGUCGUCGACUCGUAUAUGAAACAGCCUCGAAGCAUAAUUCUUGCUGUGGUCUCGGCUAAAAACGACUUCGCGAACCAGAUCGUCCUUAAGCUGGCCCGUUCGGCCAACCCUGCUGGCAGUCGAACGAUGGGAGUCAUUACAAAGCCCGACACUCUGAUUCCUGGGUCACCAAGUGAGGCCAUCUACACAUCUCUGGCUCAGAACCAAGAGGUCGAGUUUCGCCUUGGCUGGCAUGUGCUGAAGAACAUGGACUGCGAGGCCGGCAAGGCGUCGCUCACCCAGCGUGAUGCCUCAGAGACCACAUUCUUCGCCCAGGGGAUCUGGCAGAAUCUCCCCAGCGCAAUUCUCGGUAUUGACCAGCUACGCUACCGCCUCAGUAAGGUUCUCCUUGCGCACAUCACCUCAGAGCUUCCCAGCCUGGUACAAGAGAUCGAGUCGAAGCGCGCUGCGUGUUGGGAGAAACUGAGAAAGCUUGGUCAGCCUCGAGUUACCUUGGCAGAACAGCAGCUCUACCUGCUCGGAGUCAGCGAGGCCUUCCAGCGGCUGGUCAAGAGCGCAGUUGACGCCAACUGCACUGAUCUAUUCUUUGAGGAUGUUGAAUCCGAACGCGGCUACCAGCAGCGAAUCCGCGCGGUUGUACAAAAUCUCAACCUAAGAUUUGCCAAGGAACUCUCUACACGCGGUCAUCGCCAUCAAAUAAUUGACAGCUUCGAGUCGGGAAGUGCCUCUUCGCCCAAGGGCAUCUCCGUCACGCGAAAUGAGUUUGUAGAUCGGAUAGAAGCAAGAAUGCGCAGGUCUAGGGGUCGGGAACUGCCUGGACUGUUUGAUCCCAUGAUCAUGGCAGACUUGUUUCGCGAUCAAGCUGGUCCGUGGGAGGCUAUUGUCGUCAGUCACGUUCAUCGGGUUUGGAAGGCGUGUAAGACAUUCCUCAAACUUGUCAUCGCGCACAUCACCGAUCCCAGCACGUCAACUGCGCUCGUCCAGAACAUUUUCGACCCCGCAAUGGACAGGAUCUUGACAGCUCUCAAAGCCAAGACUGCUCAGAUUCUGAAGUCCCAUCAGACCAUCCAUCCCAUCACCUACAAUCACUACUUCACUGAGACUGCUCAGAAGAUUCGAGCCGCUCGGAAGAGUGCCGAAUGUGCCUCAAUUGUAAAGGGCUUCUUCCGCGUCUCUGAUCUGAAAACUCGCCAUCUGAGAAUCGAUGCAAAUCUUUCGGACUUGGUUGAUGCUCUAGUUGCUAUGAAGCGAUUUGUCGACGAUGUUGCUGUCGAGGUUAUUGAGGUCUGUCUUGUGUCUGUUCUGGGUGACGUGUGGUCCCCAACUGGGGUUUACAAGAUGGCACCUGAUCUGGUCAGUUCCAUUGCUGGCGAAUCGGAGGAAGCCCAGUCUCAGAGAGAGCAGCUUAUGCGACAAGUCGGUAUUCUAAGCAAGGGAGCUGAAAUAUGCAAGGGCUUCGUCAGCGGCAUGAAUUAA